UGUUGGAACGGUUGCAUUUUGAAGCAGCAGCUGAUAGCUCUUGGCUAUUCAACGCAUCUUUUUGUGUUGGAGUGUCACCUUGCGGCAGCCCUGAGUUCACAGGCCAUAUCCUCUUCCUCAUUUUUUUUUUCCAUGCCUCUGUCCUCCUGAGCCUUCUGACUGCUGUUGCCAAACGUGGGACGGGGUGACGGGGUGCAGAGGUCUCUGCUUAAUCUGCGGUUGAAGUGCCAGCUUGGUCGGCUCUGAGUGGCUGCACGCCUUGAUGAAGAAACAUGUUUCCUCAGUAACUGCAUGGCAGAGCAAUCUCUGCUCUGGGUGAUCCAAAGAGAAAUCAACUCCUGGCCAGGAUCCAAGCAAAACACGGGAUUAACCUUGUCCUGUGUGUGUACUGGCUUGUAGCUGCUAAGAGUCAGUGAGUGUGCUCCGUCCGGACUGUCCAGGAGGAGAGGUGCCUGCAGACAUGGGAGUCAAGCUGCUGUGCCUCUUCCUAACCUCCAUCCUCGUUGCCUACUACAUCUACAGUCCUAUGCCUGAGGACUUUGAUGAGCCCUGGAAGGUGAUGCUCAUUGCAGCUACUUUCAGGACUGUCGGGCAUCUGGCUGAGGCUGCUGAGCAGCUGGGACUGAUGCACUAUAUGGAAACUCUGAUGCUCAUCUCGGCCUUCGAGUACGUUGAACCCACGUCCAAUGAAAACGUCACGGUGACAGACACAGAGUUCAACAAUGUUUCUGUUCGCUUGUACCUGCCCAAGAAGGAGUCUGAUGGGCUGAGGAGGGCAGUGGUCUUCUUCCAUGGUGGAGGAUGGUGCCUGGGAGAUGCAGGCAUGAAAGGCUACGAUCACAUGAUGAAGUUGAUUACAAACCUGUUAAAUGCUGUUGUUGUAUCAGCCAAUUACAGGUUGGCACCUAAACACCGUUUCCCUGCUCAGUUUGAAGAUGUGUAUUCAGUGACAAAGUUCUUCCUGCAGAGCAAGGUGCUCUCCCAGUACGGGGUGGACCCGGCUCGGGUCGCUGUUGCAGGAGACAGCGCGGGUGGCAACUUGGCUGCAGCUGUGGCUCAACAGCUGUUAGAGGACCCUGAAGUCGAAAACAAACUCAAAGUCCAAGCUUUGCUUUACCCUGUCCUUCAAUGCCUCGACCUGAACUUGCCGUCUUACCAAGAGAACAUAAACAAGCCCCUCUUAACCAAGUCACUUAUGAUCCGGUUCUGUGCCGAAUAUUUCACUUCUGACCCAUCUCUCAGAGAAGCGAUGGCCUCUGGAAGACACGUCCCGCUCGAAUCCAGCCACCUGUUCCAGCUUGUGAACUGGAGCGCUCUGCUGCCCGAGGAGAUGAAGAAAGGCCACGUGUACAGCAGCCCUGUGGCUGGCAGCUCGGAGCUGGCACGGAAGUACCCAGGGUUUCUGGACCGACGUGCGGCCCCGCUGCUGGCGAGCGAUGCCCAGCUCCGCGGGCUGCCCCGCACCUACAUCCUGACCUGCCGGCACGACGUGCUGCGGGACGAUGGCGUCAUGUACGCGCGGCGCCUGCAGGCCGCGGCCGUCCCCGUCACGCACCACCACGCCAAGGACGCCUUCCACGGAGCGCUCAUGUUUGUGGAGACCCCAGCCUACCUGACUGUGGCGGACCGGCUGUGCAACGGGUUCCUCGAGUGGUUGGAUGAGAAUCUGUGAGCUGGUGCUGCUGCUCUGACCCAGCUGCUGGGCUGCGGCUGAGGGAGAAGAGGAGCCAUGCGAGUGGCUGUGAUUGCCAUCUUCCUUGUGUUGCCCUUCGGUGUCUGGAUCGCAGUGUUUCCCCACCUGCUCUGGCAGGAAAUCAGUCUGAUUCUAAGUGUUCUUUCGGUGCUGUUGUCUGAGCUCAGAGCCCCGUAGACCUCCAGGCUUGACCUGGGGCUUGUUUCCCAGCCAAAGCCAGAGGGAUUGGUGUGCCUGGCCUUGCCCUGUCUUGCACAGCCUUGGGGGAUUUCAUGUCUGGUUGUUUCUUUCUAUUGCAAGGUCUUCAUGUCAUGGGCUUGUGCAAAUGGGCAAGGUCACUGAUUGCCCACGGCAGGGGCUUGGUGGCCACUGUCUGCCUGUCCCUUUUGGGGUGCUCCCUUGGGCUGUGGGAUGAGGCCCUGCUGCUGCAUCAAGCACGGAGUGGGCAGGGGCACAGGGACCUGACAGGAUGAAGUGUGCGGCAGCUCUCCAGCACAGCUCAAGGGAUGGGAAGGCUGUAACAGUGCAAAUGUUUGGGGGUUUGGUUAUGUUUGUUUCUUCAUGGUAAUCACUUUAAUCCCUGUACUAGAGGAAACAGAGUAACAAAACAGCACUGGAUAUUCACGAGAUAAAGGAAGACUGUAACUGUUUAGUGGUUUUUAUACAUAUGAAUUUUUAAAACCCAAAUUAGCCUGGUAGCUUUACAGGCUUGGAAAAGAAACACAAUUCAGCUGUCAGUCUCGAACAAACACCCUCGAUGCUAAAUGUGUGUUAAGUAUAAACCCCAACAUUGAAUGAUGUGUGCACACAGUGGUUUGGCUGCUGGUUUUAAACUGAUCACAACACCCCACACACAUCCUUCUAGCAUCCUGCCUUUUCUUUUGCAUAAAAGAUACGGAUUAUUCCAUAAUUGCAUUUCUUUCUCUGUGUGUAGCCUGUUUUACAUGGACUGUAUGUGGGACAGUUGCUUUGGGGUUUUUUGUCUUUGUUGUGCAUAAAACUUCUCUUUGAUUCCAA